GGUUAAGAAUGUCAUUUAGCUCCGGAAAUUAUCAAACUGGCUGUCCAUUGAACGCAAAAGCUGUUAUGACUUGACCGAUCUUCAUUUCCUGUGAUGAUCAUACGGUUGUUCACGUCAUUUUCUCAUUCCUUCAGUACGCCAACCAAGCAUUGAUCGGAAUCCCAUCCCUUCUUUUCUCCGAUUAUGGAAAGCAGCUUUUCUUCGCCGUCACCUUCUUCUUCGGGUAGGUUUAAGCUUCUUGACCGUUUGGAAUUGCAACAAUUUCAGGACAAGUACGUGAUCAAAUCUGUCGACUAUCCCAAUCGAGGCUUCUCGAUUGGUCGUCGUGAUGGCAAUAUUGAGCCCUUCACUGAUGAGACUAUUUCUGGAACUCCCUCCAAGACCUCGACGAUCUACGGGGUGGCUGGAACAAUUAGGCUGAUUGCAGGUACUUACAUACUUGUAAUAACUUCUCGGAAGGAAGCUGGAGACUUUCUUGGUUUUCCAGUUUUUAGGAUAACGUCUAUGGAGUUCCUGCCCUGCAAUGAGGCAUUGAGAUUUUCAACCUCUCAAGAAAAAAGAGAUGAGGCUUACUUCUUGAAUUUGUUGAAAACUGUGGUAUCAACUCCUGGCUUGUAUUAUUCAUAUGAAACGGAUAUAACAUUGAAUUUACAGAGAAGAUAUAAAUUAUCACCAGGAUGGAUGGCUAAACCAAUUUGGAAGCAGGCCGAUCCUAGAUUUGUUUGGAACAAAAAUCUUUUGGAAGAAUUAAUUGAGUGUAAGCUUGAUGAGUUCAUCAUUCCUCUGAUGCAAGGAAGUUUUGGAGCUGCUCAGCUAAGUCUGAAAGACACAACUGCAACUAUUACAUUAGUUUCAAGAAGGUGUACUCGACGGCUAGGAACAAGAAUGUGGAGAAGAGGAGCUAACCUUGAAGGAGACACUGCUAAUUUUAUUGAGACUGAGCAAUUGUUUGAGCUUGAAGGUUUCAAGUGCUCAUUAUUGCAGAUUCGAGGUUCAAUUCCUCUUCUUUGGGAACAGAUUGUUGAUUUGAGCUAUAAACCAAGUCUUAGAAUUAUUAAUCAUGAGCAAACAUCAAAGGUUGUGGAGCGCCAUUUCCAUGAUCUUCACCAACGAUAUGGUGACACUGUGGCAGUAGAUUUAACUGAUAAACAUGGUGAUGAAGGGAAAUUAAGUUCAGCGUAUGCUGCAGAAAUGCAAAAGCUUCCAAAUGUGAGAUAUGUGUCAUUUGACUUUCAUCACAUUUGUGGCAACUCAAACUUUGGUAAUCUACAGAUUCUAUAUGAUCAAAUCUCAGAAGAAUUCCAAAACCAAGGAUACUUCAUUAUAGACGCAGAAGGAGAAGUAUUAGGGGAGCAGAAGGGAAUAAUUAGAUCUAACUGCAUUGAUUGCUUGGAUCGAACAAAUGUUACCCAGAGUUAUCUUGCUCAGAAGUCUUUGACUGCACAAAUGCAAAGAAUAGGAGUACUUGCUUCUAAUGAGUGCAUUUCUAUGUUCAGUGAGGAUUAUGGAAAGUUCAGAACACUGUGGGCUGAGCAGGGUGAUGAGAUAAGCCUUGAAUACGCUGGAACCUAUGCCCUGAAAGGAGACCUGGUUCGAUAUGGAAGACAGACUUUAGGCGGAAUAAUCAAAGAUGGCAUGAGUGCUCUUUCAAGAUAUUAUUUGAAUAAUUUUCAAGAUGGAGUUCGACAGGAUGCAUUGGAUCUCAUCAGUGGCCGCUAUAGUAUGAACAGAAAUGGUCCAUCGCCGUUCCAGCUCAAUGGAUUUGAAUCAGUCUCGUAUCUCCCAGUGGCAUCAGCCCUGGUUGUCGGAGGUUUGACACUGACUUCCUUCACACUUCAUCAAGCUGGGCGAAAUGCACCACAUUAUGUGUCUACUGUGCUGUGGGCUGGAGUGACUGCCGGAGUAAUGGCUUUCGUUAAAGCUAAUGGAAGGCAGUUCUGUUCUAGGCCUCGCUUGUGUGGCCUUCUAUGAGUUAGUUUUCAAGUAUUUGAGAUUGCAUCCAUGGAACUUGUACACAAAUAUUUAUUAUCUUGUAAUUUAUUUAUAAUAAAUAAUUUUUCAUUGUUUU